GUCCGUGGGGUAGCUUUGGUUCCCCUGAAGCUGACCGGCGUCUUUUGUUCGAUGGGCCCCUGGCCACUGAGGCUGCGCUGGGCUGGCACGGCUGUAUCCUCUACACCAUUCCUAGGCCCGGGGGCCGAACCCAAAGCAAACGUGAAAGGAAACCCAACGCCGGCACCAAACGCUUACUCUGGUACAGGGUACCUGGGCGCGCUGCUGCCUAGCGGCUUGUCUUCCACCUCAGCUAUCGAGUUCCAGCCAAAGAGUUUCUUUCCGGGCCACGGCCACAACGCUUUUGCCGUCGCUGGCGCAUCCCUGCCAACCAGUACCUCUACUUUGGCAUGAAUACGAGGGCUGUUUGUUUGGCCAAGCAGAGACAGGCACAGUAGGGCAAAACACACGCCCUCUCUCCCCUCUGCUGACUUUCAAUGGAUUACACCAGGCUGAGAACGAGAGUAAAAUAGCCGCCAACUCGUACCAGACGACAAGCCAUUUCUGGAACGCUGCAGCUGUGGCUUGUUGCCGUUUGCUGGACUGGAAAGACUGCCUUUGCCUUGCCCGUCUCGGGUACCGGUACGAAAGGAGUCGGGAUAGGUGCUGGUCUGAGGUGGUUGUUACCACCGAAACGGGAUCCGGAUCUACCCAAGGCUUCGUGCCGGCUUUGCCUAGACGCGUUUGCAGAUCCAAAGAAGCGGGACUCACGGCGCCGCC